AUUGUAUAUUGAGUAUUCAGAGAAGCAACAUUGCAAAACUGAAGGUUACCCUUCUGGUCAAGGACGCGCAUUCGUCUGUAUUACCGGUAAUACUUGAGAUGUCGAAAAUGUCACACAAUCCCACUCCUGCUUCUGUUCCAAUUGAAAAUUCUGCUUUAGAUUCUGUUGAAGCAGCUAAAGCUAAACAGAAUUCUUUACGUGAACGUUUAGCUGCAAGACGUCAACUUUUAGCUUCUGUUACCCAUUCUACUAAAACUUCGUCUUCCGCUUCCUUACUUACAAAUAAUAGCAGUACUGGAAUCGGUUCAAUUAACAAACCUUUUAAUGUUAACCAGUCAACUGUUUCUGUUAUCGAGAAUGCAUUGAAACGAAAACUUGGUGAUAAUAAUAUAACGAGUGUGUCGUCUGAUACACUUUCAGUUCAUUCUCAGUCGAAUAUAACUUCUUUAUCAGGAUUAUUGAAUUCGUCAUCUAGUAGCUGUGAUAAUAUUGGAAAAUGUCCCUGUCACAAAUCGCAAAAUGUAUCUACUAUCGAUUCGAAACAAUCAGAUCACAGUUGUAAUUUACUCGAUAAAUCAUCUGAUUUCGAAAAAUCAAUCCCUAAACAGUCAAGUAUUCAACAAUUGAAAACAUCACAUCAACACGUAAUCCAUACAUCAGAAACAACCCCAAUAGACUGUGAACGGAAAUCCAAUUUUUCUAAUAUCAGAAAACAAUGUGAAAAUAAUGGGUCAAUAUCCGAUAGAAAUAAACGUCCACCUAAUGAUAAAUGUAAUCAUCAUCAAUCUACUAUAAAAGAGACUAAUCAUGAAAUAGAAUUUGAUUUAGAAAAUCUGUUGGGUGCUGAAACGAUACGUGAAAAAGAAAGUAAACGAAUACGUGAAGAAGUUAUGGAAUUAUUAAACAGGCAAUCGACCAAAGAAAGAUUCCUAACCGAACGUUUCCGAACUCAAGGAGGCAGUCAAGUACAACAGUUUUGUUCUUAUGGUACCCGUACUGAAUGCUCAAAAGUUAAAUCACGAACUGGUGAUAAGAAACGGUGUAAUAAACUUCAUUUCCGUAAAAUUAUACACCCACAUACGGAUGAAUCUCUUGGAGACUGUUCAUUCUUGAAUACUUGUUUUCAUGUUGACACGUGUAAAUAUGUUCAUUACACAAUAGAUUAUACAGAUAGUGUUAAUCAACAAUUAGAUGGUGGUGUUGCUAAUCGGAAUGUGUUAAAUAAUAAGAAAAAUAAUCAAAAUGAUAAUAGUUCUACAACAAAUACAAUGUCUUCGUCAUCAUUAUCAGUAUCAUCGUCACAAAUCAACACAUCUUCGAUAGAUUCAAUUGAUGACGGUGUCAGUGUUAGUGGCGGUGGUGCUGUAAAAGACAAUGGAACAUCACUAAUUUUAUAUCCACCUCAGUGGAUUAACUGUGAUAUACGACUGAUAAAUAUGUCAAUCCUUGGAAAAUUUGCUGUGAUUAUGGCUGAUCCACCAUGGGAUAUACACAUGGAACUGCCCUAUGGAACAAUGUCAGACGAUGAGAUGAGACGAUUAGAUAUACCUUGUUUACAAGAUGAUGGUUAUAUAUUCCUAUGGGUAACAGGAAGAGCUAUGGAACUUGGUCGAGAAUGCCUACGUUUAUGGGGUUACGAACGCGUAGAUGAGAUUAUAUGGGUUAAAACUAACCAAUUGCAACGUUUAAUUCGGACAGGACGUACAGGACAUUGGUUAAAUCAUGGCAAAGAACAUUGUUUAGUUGGUGUAAAAGGCAACCCAAAAGUAAGCUGAAAACGAAUCUUAUCAGUUAUUAAUAAUUCAAUAAGAAUGACCAUUACUGGUUGGCGUCGACACUCAAACUAGCUGUAGGAAAUGAAGUAGUUCAGUGGGUCAACUACUUCACUUAUCUUGGAAGUCUCAUAAAUCCUGGUGGGUUGGUAUGUGAUGAACUUUCGGUAUGGAUUCAAUAAGCUCAAUUAGUUUCUGCUAAUUUACAUCACUUGUGUAGAUGAGAUCCCCGUAUCUCAACCGUGCAGCAAUACCUCUCUGUUCUACAUGACGACAGCGAAAUGUGACCUUUAAGAAUUAAGGGUAUUUGUAAACUAUUAGUACUUGAUCAUAGAUCCGUUUAAAGCAUUGCCCCCAUAUGUUGGGACCACCGGAAGAGCAGUGGUUAGGUCAGCCGUAGGACAUUAAAUGUCACAAAUCGACUGAGGUGGUUGUGGCGUGCAUUACGUAUACCCAAUCACCGCCUACUUCGAUGUGAUAUUUGGUAUUGUGGUAAGUUAGAAGGAACCAAUGAUGGGCGGACCAGAACAUAUUUGUCCAUGAGUGCAUUAACUAUUGACUGCAGACCAUCUAGUUAGGGUCUGCAUAACCAUUGCAACCGACGGUUAGAGAUGAGUAACAUGUAUUAGAAUCGGUCGCAGAUGCAUCCACUAUUUGUCUACCGUUAGAUACUGAGUUUAUAUUUUACCUUAUACAUUUUAUACACAAAUGGGUCCUUUUUAAAUCAUGUCUAUGUUUGAUCUUAUCUAUUACUACCGUUACUAUUUCUACUAUUCUCUCACUUGUGUUGAUAAUUUCAUUUCGCUGCGUUAAUGUGAUGUGGCGACGUGAACCAAUUUACAUAUGUACCAGGUUGUAUGUUACGUCUGACUAACUUUAUUUUAGGGGACAAUUUUAAUUAUAUUCUUACACCGAUAUUCGUAUUUUUCAUAAGGGUGUAAAUCGAGGUCUCGACUGUGAUAUAAUUGUCUCUGAAGUUCGUGAAACUAGUCAUAAACCUGAUGAAAUCUACGGUAUAAUUGAACGAUUAUCUCCUGGUACGCGCAAGCUCGAAUUAUUUGGACGUCCUCAUAACUUACAGCCUAACUGGUAAGAAUCUAAACAUUUAAUUAGUAAUAUUAACUAAACGAAGUCAUCGAGAAAAGCAUAUAUAUUAAUUUUACUCUGAAACCAGAGAAUUAAACUGUGUCAAACAUGCAAUAUGAAGAGUAAAUUCAUGUUCAUUUUUCAGACAUGUAUAUUCUAAUUUAGAUUUACACUAGAAACAUAAAUCAAAAUGACAGAAUAGUAUUUAUUGAGUUAUCUAAAAAUAUUUUCACUUCCAUGAAAAAGUACUUGUUUAACACCAAGAUCUAGUUCGCACAAUAUAUGUGACCUUUCAGUAUUUUAUGUAGUAGCUAAUAGCAUAUUAAACAAAUCAGGCGUAGUAUGUUAUUUCAAGGUAGGAGUGUUAAUUAGAAUACCAUCUACAUAACAAUUGGCCUAACACGACUCAUUGUAGGCAAAAAAUCUACACAGCGUCGAUUUUGUUCUUGUUGUCAUUUACUAGUAAACCAAUUAAAAUCAUAUAGAUAGUAGUUCAUUGUUUGUUUCAAGUUCUUAUAAAUGCACAUAUGAAAAUUCUGAUUCACCAGAAAGUGGUGGUACAACCAGUGAGGCACUAUACUUGACUAAUCACUCACUAGCGACUAGUGUCAUGUCUACCUAGUCAUUCAUUCAGCCGUAAUCGGAUUUUACUAAUUAGGUUGCUACGUGAUUAAUAGUGUGAGUAAAUCAUCAUCACGUUCAUUAUGUUUAGAUGUUAGAUGGUUGGUGCUAGGUUUCUCACUAGUUUUUCCUCGUCAGCAAGGCGUACUUACAGUCUCGAGGGGACUGGUGCUCCACCGGAGAUCCGGACUUGCAUCGUCCGCCGUGAUACUCUGGAACACUACUACUUGAAUAACCCAGCGGUAAGAUCCUAGAAUGUAAAGCUGGGUGACGUGAGUUUCAAUCACACAGGAAGCAUCAGUUGCAUCAAGAUCGCAGGCAAGUCAUACGGAUCAGUGCUAGUUAAUGCGAAACUUGAGUUCAGGACUUCCUCUCACCACUUAAUUAAGGCAAUAGAAUGUGAAAACUGCAUCCUGUUUCCUAAAUCUUUGAUCCUAAAAUGGAUCUAGCGUGCUCGGUUUAAGCGUUUGCAGAGGAAACGAUGAAACAACCUGCUCCCUGAUCCUUACUAUCUGCUCACUACUUAAUAAAUGGUCCACCAUAAGAUUAACAGUGCUAUUCCAUACUGUUAGUGUUUUUCACUUUUGUUUUAAUCUUUUAACAAAAAAAUACCACAGGAUCACGCUUGGAAACCAACUGGACGGAACUUAUUUGGUUGAUCCAGCAGUUGUUGAAAGAUUUAAAAAACACUAUCCAAAUGGUUUGGAUAUAAAAGUCAAAUAAAAACUAGACUACCAUGUAUUAAUUCUGAUUUAUACAUACAUCUGUACACUCGAUUCAUAAACUCAUUGUAAAUAUUGUAAAAAUAUAAAGAAUAUUACUG